AUGAGACUGGUUCUGUAUUAUCUGAUAAUGUUGGGGUCCAGUUAUGUGAUUUCAACGUAUGGGCCCCAUCAGAGAGCGCAGAUGACUGGUGAUAUUUUGCUUGGAGGUCUUUUCCCCAUACACUUUGGUGUUGCAUCGAAAGACCAAGACCUCGCAGCCCGGCCAGAAUCCACACAGUGUGUCAGGUUCAAUUUCCGUGGCUUCCGUUGGCUCCAGGCAAUGAUUUUUGCGAUUGAUGAGAUAAACAACAGCAGCACUCUCCUGCCCAACAUCACUCUGGGCUACAGGAUCUUUGACACAUGCAACACGGUGUCAAAAGCCCUGGAAGCGACGCUUAGUUUUGUGGCCCAGAAUAAGAUUGACUCCCUAAAUUUAGAUGAAUUCUGUAACUGCACUGAUCACAUCCCAGCAACCAUUGCAGUAGUAGGAGCAGCUGGAUCUGCAGUCUCCACAGCAGUUGCGAACCUACUGGGUCUUUUUUAUAUUCCUCAAAUCAGCUACGCCUCCUCUAGCCGCUUACUGAGCAACAAGAAUCAGUACAAGUCCUUCAUGAGAACCAUUCCUACAGAUGAGUACCAGGCCACAGCCAUGGCAGACAUCAUUGAGUACUUCCAGUGGAACUGGGUCAUUGCUGUGGCCUCAGAUGACGACUAUGGACGCCCGGGUAUUGAAAAGUUUGAGAAGGAAAUGGAAGAGCGAGACAUCUGCAUUCACCUAAAUGAACUUAUUUCUCAGUAUUUUGAGGAUCAUGAAAUCCAAGCUUUGGCUGACAGGAUUGAGAACUCCACAGCUAAAGUAAUUGUUGUGUUUGCCAGUGGCCCAGAUGUCGAGCCUUUAAUCAAAGAGAUGGUCAGGAGAAACAUCACAGAUCGUAUCUGGUUAGCCAGUGAAGCGUGGGCAAGUUCCUCCCUUAUCGCUAAACCAGAGUAUCUUGAUGUUGUGGCAGGGACUAUUGGCUUUGCUCUAAAGGCAGGGAAUAUACCUGGUUUUAGAGAGUUCCUACAACAAGUCCAACCAAAGAAAGACAGUCAUAAUGAAUUUGUCAGGGAGUUUUGGGAAGAAACCUUCAACUGUUAUCUUGAAGACAGCCCAAGACUACAAGAAAGUGAAAAUGGCAGCACCAGUUUCAGGCCUUUGUGCACUGGUGAGGAAGACAUCACAAGUGUUGAGACCCCGUACCUGGACCACACACAUCUUCGUAUCUCCUAUAAUGUGUAUGUUGCAGUUUAUUCCAUUGCACAGGCCCUGCAGGACAUACUCACCUGCACACCUGGACAUGGACUUUUUGCCAACAAUUCCUGUGCAGAUUUAAAGAAAAUGGAAGCGUGGCAGGUCCUGAAGCAGCUCAGACAUCUGAACUACACCAACAGUAUGGGGGAAAAGAUCCACUUUGAUGAGAACGCAGACAUGGCAGCAAACUACACAAUUAUAAACUGGCAUAGGUCUACUGAGGAUGGUUCUGUGGUGUUCAAGGAGGUCGGAUACUACAAUAUCCACGCCAAGAAAGGAGCCAAACUGUUCAUUGACAAGACAAAGAUUCUGUGGAAUGGAUACAGUUCUGAGGUGCCAUUCUCUAAUUGCAGUGAGGACUGUGACCCUGGUACAAGAAAGGGGAUCAUAGAUAGUAUGCCCACAUGCUGCUUUGAAUGCACUGAGUGCUCAGAUGGAGAGUACAGUAACCAUAAAGAUGCAAGCAUUUGUACCAAGUGUCCAAAUAAUUCUUGGUCCAAUGGGAACCACACAUUCUGCUUCCUGAAGGAAAUAGAGUUUCUCUCCUGGACAGAACCAUUCGGGAUAGCUUUGGCCAUAUGUGCAGUACUGGGUGUUGUCCUCACAGCCUUUGUGAUGGGAGUCUUCGUCAGAUUUCGCAACACCCCAAUAGUGAAGGCCACAAACCGAGAAUUGUCCUACGUCCUCCUCUUCUCACUUAUCUGUUGCUUCUCCAGCUCUCUCAUCUUCAUCGGGGAGCCACAGGAUUGGACAUGCCGUUUACGCCAACCCGCCUUCGGGAUCAGUUUUGUUCUCUGUAUCUCCUGCAUCCUUGUGAAAACUAACAGAGUACUUUUGGUAUUUGAAGCUAAGAUCCCUACAAGUCUCCAUCGUAAAUGGUGGGGUUUAAACCUGCAAUUUCUGUUGGUGUUUCUGUGCACAUUUGUCCAAGUCAUGAUAUGUGUGGUCUGGCUUUACAACGCUCCUCCUUCCAGCUACAAGAAUCACGACAUUGAUGAGAUCAUUUUUAUCACCUGCAAUGAAGGCUCUGUGAUGGCUCUUGGGUUUCUUAUUGGCUAUACCUGCCUCCUGGCAGCUAUAUGUUUCUUCUUUGCAUUUAAAUCACGGAAACUUCCAGAAAACUUUACAGAGGCCAAGUUCAUCACUUUUAGCAUGCUAAUAUUUUUCAUUGUUUGGAUCUCUUUUAUCCCUGCAUACUUCAGUACUUAUGGCAAGUUUGUUUCAGCUGUGGAGGUCAUCGCUAUACUGGCAUCAAGCUUUGGGAUGCUGGCCUGUAUCUUCUUCAACAAGGUCUACAUCAUCCUCUUCAAACCCUUCAGGAACACCAUCGAGGAAGUCCGAUGCAGCACCGCAGCCCAUGCUUUCAAAGUGGCUGCCAAAGCUACACUAAAACAUAGCACAGCAGCAAGAAAAAAGUCCAGCAGCAUUGGCGGAUCUUCUGCCUCGACUCCGUCCUCAUCCAUCAGCCUCAAGACCAACGGCAAUGACUGUGACCCGACUUCAGGAAAGCAUAAGCCAAGAGUGAGCUUUGGCAGUGGAACAGUAACUCUGUCUUUGAGCUUUGAAGAGUCGAGGAGGAGUUCUCUGAUGUGA